ACAUCCGGCAGCGUUAGACCGGUGCGGAGGCGGUGCGGAGCGCGUCGGCUCAGGGCAACUCUGAGAAGUGUGGCGUCGCGCGGGGCCCCGGCGGAGCCUCUGUAAGGGAAGGCGGGGAGCGUGACAGCUUCAGUACCGGCCGGCAAGCGGUGACAGCAACUCGGAGACAAUGAGCGACAGCGGCGAGCAGAACUACGGCGAGCGGGUUAAUGUUGAAGAAGGAAAAUGCGGAAGUCGUCAUUUGACAAGUUUUAUAAAUGAGUAUUUGAAGCUCAGGAAUAAGUGAAGCUGAAAUUUGAAAAAAUAAAAGAAAGAAUGCAUGCUAAUUAUCAGACCAGAAGUCCCACUUGUAGAAUAUUGAGCAAUUUGUGUGAAGUGGGGAAGAUGAAAGAAGUCAGAAUUUGAAACGGAAGAAUGAAGAAAAGAAAUAAAAAUGAAGUUAAGAUAAGAAGUAAUCUGGAAUCAGAAAGCACUACGCUAAGAAUCCCGUUCUGCUUCCAGAAGUGGAAGUGCACACGGAUCGGGGAAAUCUGCACGGCAUACCCCAGCAAGGUCUCGCUCCAAGGAGGAUUCAAGGCGUUCUAGGUCAAAAUCAAGGUCCAGAUCUGAAUCUAGGUCUAGAUCCAGAAGAAGUUCUAGAAGGCAUUAUACAAGGUCACGGUCUCGCUCCCGCUCCCAUAGACGAUCCCGGAGCAGGUCUUACAGCAGAGAUUAUCGCAGGCGGCACAGCCACAGCCACUCUCCCAUGUCUACUCGAAGGCGUCAUGUUGGGAACCGGGCAAAUCCUGACCCCAACUGUUGUCUUGGAGUGUUUGGGUUGAGCUUGUACACCACAGAAAGAGAUCUAAGAGAAGUGUUCUCUAAAUAUGGCCCCAUUGCUGAUGUGUCCAUUGUGUAUGACCAGCAGUCUAGAAGGUCAAGAGGAUUUGCCUUUGUAUAUUUUGAAAAUGUAGAUGAUGCCAAGGAAGCGAAGGAACGUGCCAACGGAAUGGAGCUUGAUGGACGUAGAAUUAGGGUCGAUUUCUCCAUAACAAAAAGGCCUCAUACCCCAACACCAGGGAUUUAUAUGGGGAGGCCGACUUAUGGCAGCUCCCGCCGCCGGGACUAUUAUGACAGAGGAUAUGAUCGUGGUUACGAUGAUCGGGAUUAUUACAGCAGGUCAUACAGAGGAGGAGGUGGAGGAGGAGGUGGAUGGAGAGCUGCUCAAGACAGGGAUCAGAUUUACAGAAGACGGUCACCUUCUCCUUACUACAGUCGUGGAGGAUACAGGUCCCGCUCUAGAUCCCGAUCCUACUCACCUCGUCGCUAUUAAAGCAUGAAGUUGAAGGCUUUCUGAAACCUGCCAUAGAGCUGAGAUAUUGUUUUGUGGACAAUAUUUUUUAUUGUCUCCUGUUUAAAAAGUGAACAGUGCCUAGUGAAGUUAGGUGACUUUUACACCUUUUAUGAUGACUACUUUUGGUGGAGUUGAAAUGCUGUUUUCAUUCUGCAUUUGUGUAGUUCGGUGCUUUGUUCAAAGUUAAGUGUUUUCAGAAAAGUAUGUUUUGCAUGUAUUUUUUUACAGUCCAAAUUUUGACUGCUGAGAAGUUUCUAUUGUACAAAACUUCAUUUAAAAGGUUUUUCUACUGAAUCCAGGGUAUUCUGAAGAUCGAAGCCUGUGUGUAAAAUGGCAAAAAGCAACAAUAAACAAGUUUGAUUUUUA